UGAAGAUGGCCACAGAUCGAGGAAACAGACGUUGUGUAAAUUAACGGAAACUUUGGAGGUAGCGGCCGGAGCUCAGUGUCCGGGUGAGAGCGACGCUUCCCCGGGAGAGAAUCCCCGUGUCCCCGCUGUCUGCACCAGAUCCCAGUGGGCCGUGCAGUGGUCCUCUCAUCAUAAUGGUUCCACCAUGAACCAGCAGCCUCUGGAUCUCUGGUUCUGCGAGGAGUGUCAGGACCACUUCCUGGACGAGUGUCCCUCACACGGCCCCCCCCUGUUUGUCCCUGACACGCCCGCCAUCCCGGGGCUGGCCAACAGGGCGGCUCUCACGGUCCCAGGAGGUCUGGAGGUCUUCUCAGAGGGAAGUCAGGUGGAUGUUCGCUGUGCGGACGCAACCAUCCCCAAGGGGGCGGUGUUCGGUCCGUAUGAGGGACAGCUGGUGUCUCAAGACAAAUCGUCCGGCCUCUUCUCCUGGAUCGUUGUUGAUGUGAACAACACGUGUCAGUCCAUCGAUGGCAGUGAUGACACCAGAGCAAACUGGAUGAGGUUCGUCCGGACCUCGUCUGAGGAGCGCGACAGGAACCUGACGGCGUUCCAACACGGUGAGAGCAUCUACUUCAGAGCGAGUCGGAGGCUGGAGGCCGGAGACAAGCUGAGGGUCUGGUACAGUGACGACUACGUCCAGCGGCUUCACUGUGUUCUUCAGAGGAGCAUCCACUGCAACCUGGACUCAGAAACCAGGAAGCCAGAGGUCCUGCCCAAUGUGCAGAGAGACCACCUGCAGUCAGUGGUGCAGGGCAAAGCCUGCCCCAGUCAUCAACCCAGUGACGAGUCCGACAGUCAGCCUCCUGCCAAGAGGAAGAGGAUAGACCUCAUCUUCAAAGAUGUCCUCGAAGCUUCUCUGGUGGACCCCAGCAAGUCCAGGUCCCAGUCGUCCCUCCACAGUGAGUGCAAAGUGCCCGCCCUCUGGUUGGGCUUGAAGUCGACUGAGAGUGGCUCCAACGUCCUGAGCCUGAAGGCAGAGGAGAAGGAGGAGCAGAACCAGGAGGCCUCCACCUCCUUCUGCCUCAACUGUGUCAAGCUGAAGAGCAGGAUCCUGGAGCUGGAGGAGGAGCUCUCCCGUGUCAGAGGAGAACAGGUAGGCGUGGUCGGGCCGUCGGUGUCCGGGCAGAGCCAUCGCGAUCAGGUCCCCCCCCACCCUGAGCAAGGACCCAUCGAAGACUUUCAAGGGAUGGACCCCUUGACCCCCGCCCGGGUGGUUCUAGAUGAAGACGACCAGGACGUGGACUCGGCUGACGAGUCGAUUGCUGCAGAUCUUGUGAUUGUUGCGGAGGACUCUUCCAAGCUCUCCUCUGCAGGAGGCCGGCGGAUUCGUCGUUUCAAGCAGGAGUGGCUGAAAAAGUUCUGGUUCCUUCGCUACUCACCGACCCUGAAUGAGAUGUGGUGCCACGUCUGCCGCCAGUACACCGUCCAGUCAUCCCGAACAUCUGCCUUCAUCAUUGGCUCGAAACAGUUCAAAAUCCACACAAUCAAGCUCCACAGCCAGAGCAACCUCCACAAGAAGUGUCUGCAGCUGUACAAGCUGCGCAUGCACCCAGAGAAGACGGAAGAGAUGUGCAGGAACAUGCUGCUGCUGUUCAACGCAGCCUACCACCUGGCCCUGGAGGGAAGGCCCUUCUCAGACCUCCGUCCACUGGCGGAGCUGCUGAAGAAGUGUGAGCUCAAAGUGGUGGAUCAGUACAUGAAUGAAGGAGACUGUCAGAUCCUGAUCCACCACAUCUCCCGGGCUUUAAAAGAAGACUUGGCUGAGAAGAUGCGCCUGUCCCCCUUUCUGAGCAUCAUAAUGGAUGCCCAGAAUGACGACCUUUUCUCAGACAUGGUGGCAGUCUAUGUGCAGUUCAUAACCAAUGAGGGAUCACCCAACACUGAGUUCCUGUCCUUGCAGAGACUGAGCGUGGCCAGUGUGGACGGAUAUCUCCAGGCCAUAGAACGAGCCUUUGGCGUUCUGGGACUCAGGUUUCAGGACUCGAUGGUUGUGGGUCUCGGGGUGGACGGUACUAACAUCUCUUCAGGAAUGAGAGCCAAUCUGUACAUAGCUGUGCAAAAGUCUUUUCCCUGGAUCCUCUGUCUUCCCAUCAUGAUCCACCGGCCUCAUCUUGAGGUGCUGGACGCCAUCAGUGGGAAGGAGCUCUCCUGUCUCGAGGACCUGGAAAACAACCUUAAGCAACUCCUCAGUUUCUACCGCUACUCCCCUCGUAUGAUGGCCGAGCUACGGUGCACUGCUCCGACUCUGUCAGAGGAGACGGAGUUCCUUGGAGACAUCAGAGCCAUUCGAUGGAUCAUUGGAGAACCAAAUGUCCUUAAUGCACUCAUCAAGGAUUACUUGGAGGUAGUUGCCCAUCUGAAGGAGAUCAGCAGCCAGACCCAGAGAGAUGAUGCUGCAGCCAUCGCUCUCACUCUCCUCCAGUUCCUCAUGGACUAUCAAUCAGUAAAGCUCAUCUACUUCCUCCUGGACAUCAUAGGGGUUCUUUCCCGGUUAGCCUUCACCUUCCAGGGAGAGUACCUGCUGGUGUCACAGGUGGAAGCCAAAGUCAAGGAGGCCAUUCAGGAGAUAGGCCAGUUGGUGGACUGCCCUGGAGAGUAUCUACAGGAGUUCCAGGAAAACUUCGGUGAAAGUUUCAACGGCGUGGCUCUAAAGAAUCUGCGUGUUGCUGAGUCCAAGUUCCAGUCGAUCCGAGAAAAGAUUUGCAACAAGAGCCAAGGCAUCCUCUCCCAGAGGCUGGAUCUGCAAAGCUGCUCAUUUGCCAAAGCCUGUAAGGUCCUGGACCUGUCCACUUGGCCUCACAACCGGGAGGACCUUCAAGCCUACGGGCAGGAGGAAAUCCAGCUGAUAUUCAAACAUCUGGAGUCCAUUCCUUCUGUAGGUCAAGAGAGCUCCCGGGCCAGGACAGAGUUCAGAGGCUCCCUGGUGGUGGAAUGGAAGGAUCUGAAAGCAGACUACUACAGCAUGAACGGCUUCAAAGAAGUCAUCAGUCACAUCUGCAGGUACAAGCAGCGUUUUCCUCUGCUGAACCGGAUUGUGCAGGUGGUCAGGGUGCUGCCAAGUUCCACGGCCUGCUGCGAUAAAGGACGAGGUUCUCUACAGAAGAUGUGCAAGAACAACCGUUCCCGGCUGACCCUGGAGCAGAUGAACGACCUUCUGACCGUGGCCGUUAACGGACCGUCCAUCCACAGCUUCGAUGGGAAGCGAGCGUUGGACAGCUGGUUCGAGGAGAAGUCUGGCAACAGUUACUCUCGGUCAACGGAGGUGUUGAGCAGGACGUCAACUGCUGACCAGAAGUCUGUUUUGCAUAGUGUUGACGUCAACACAGAGUUUUACCCAGACAUCUAACCGGCUCUCCCAGGGCCGUUCGCUGAGCUAAUGGAGGCUGAUCUUUAGUUUAGGAUUGGGAAUCAUCAGACGAGGAAUUAGCCGCUGGGUAGAUAUGAGCCCUCGUCUCCCUCUGCUAUGUCUUUUAUCACGAGUCGAACGUUUAUCCUGAAAAACGCAAGAUGUUUUGAUAUUUUGGCCAAUCUCAAUCCAUCCCUAUAUAAAGUAGAUGAAUUAAAAAGUCAGUAAUCGAUUUAUUUCAGACUGUGUUCCUUCUCCUUUGCUCUCCACAUGUGUGUUGAUACCUGAGGGCAACCGAAGUCUGCUCAAACCUGAUUGGUCGAGCUGGAAACAGGAACCAGAAGCUUCUGGUCCCUGGACACAGAUUCUGCUUCACCUGUAGAGAAAAGAGAAAUAACCGCACCGUGGUUGUACAGAUUCAGUCAACAUACAUUUCUCCCCAGGUUAUUAUAAAGUCACUGUGACCUUUGACCUCUGUAUCAAAUCAGUUGACCUUUGAGUUCUUGAAAUAUCAUGUUCACAAGAAUGGGACGGACGAUAACCUGAAGACGUAAAGCUUUCGGCCACUGGGUGUCGCCGGUGAGGAGAAGUCAGUUUCACACGAGGAACAAUCCAACGAGUGAAUCCAUUAGAAACACACAGCCUGCUUCACCCUGUACAAACUGUAUAAACUGUUUAUGCUUUUCAACUGGUUUGUAAAGAGACUAUUUUUCUCUUGAAUUGAGGAUUCAGACAUUUUGACUGAAUGCAAGAACAGAAGAAAAGGUGCUGACCUGCUCGGCCACAAUCUCAAUCACUGAAUCUGUUUAUCACUGCGACACAUGUUGGAUCUCACUGAUGCAUCAACUUUGUUUGACCAAAGCUCGGUAUCCAAACCUUUCAUAAAACUGCAUGAAGAUGUUCAAGUGUUGCUUUAGCACCUAAGUUGUAUACGUAGGUAUUAUUAAAGCUACUGUUGGUAAUCCUGGAUAAUCUGGCAAGACACAAAUUCCUGGCUGUGCACAUUUGUUUGUCUUUCCAGUUCUCAGUACAGGAAUUUGUCUUCCUGUGUUUUUCAGUCAUCUUGACAUGAACCAAAACUGGGGCGCUUGGUCUCCUCACUGUCGCCCCCUGGUGGCCUGUUUCCAUCACUGCUCUGUGGCUCUGGUCUCAGAUGUGUUUUCUCCAUCUGAGGUCUCGUGCAGUGAGUGACAGACAGGGUGAACGCAGACAGACAGUGAGUGACAGACAGGGUGAACGCAGACAGACAGGGUGAACGCAGACAGACGGUGAGUGACAGACAGGGUGAACGCAGACAGACAGGGUGAACGCAGACAGACAGGGUGAACGCAGACAGACAGUGAGUGACAGACAGGGUGAACGCAGACAGACAGGGUGAACGCAGACAGACGGUGAGUGACAGACAGGGUGAACGCAGACAGACAGUGAGUGACAGACAGGGUGAACGCAGACAGACAGGGUGAACGCAGACAGACAGGGUGAACGCAGACAGACAGUGAGUGACAGACAGGGUGAACGCAGACAGACAGUGAGUGACAGACAGGGUGAACGCAGACAGACAGGGUGAACGCAGACAGACGGUGAGUGACAGACAGGGUGAACGCAGACAGACGGUGAGUGACAGACAGGGUGAACGCAGACAGACGAUGAGUGACAGACAGGGUGAACGCAGACAGACAGUGAGUGACAGACAGGGUGAACGCAGACAGACAGGGUGAACGCAGACAGACAGGGUGAACGCAGACAGACAGUGAGUGACAGACAGGGUGAACGCAGACAGACAGGGUGAACGCAGACAGACGGUGAGUGACAGACAGGGUGAACGCAGACAGACAGUGAGUGACAGACAGGGUGAACGCAGACAGACAGGGUGAACGCAGACAGACAGGGUGAACGCAGACAGACAGUGAGUGACAGACAGGGUGAACGCAGACAGACAGUGAGUGACAGACAGGGUGAACGCAGACAGACAGGGUGAACGCAGACAGACGGUGAGUGACAGACAGGGUGAACGCAGACAGACGGUGAGUGACAGACAGGGUGAACGCAGACAGACGAUGAGUGACAGACAGGGUGAACGCAGACAGACGGUGAGUGACAGACACGGUGAACGCAGACAGACAGGGUGAACGCAGACAGACGAUGAGUGACAGACAGGGUGAACGCAGACAGACAGGGUGAACGCAGACAGACGAUGAGUGACAGACAGGGUGAACGCAGACAGACGGUGAGUGACAGACAGGUUUUCUGAAGUCGAUCGUUACUGAGCAUUAAUAACAAACUGUUGAAUUUGUCAUGAUGACGUCUCGCUCUGAGCUGUUGAUUAUCAUUUGAUAAAAGUUGUGUGUCUAUGGUUUUAUGGAUAUUUUGUGCAUGUGUGUGUUGUUUGCACAUGGUUGCUAAUGUUGGGAUGAGCUGUGUGAGUUUCUCUUCAUGACUCCGUGGCUGAUUGUAAUCUGACUCCAGCGCUGCUGGCAGUUUGGUUUAUGCUGAACCAAAAACAAACUUAUUUCUCUGCUCAUUGUUUUUUUCUAUUCUGCUUCUGAUGCAUUUUACAGAUUAAAAUACAUAUAAUCUGA